AUGCUCUCAAUACUAAGAAAAGCACGCCUAAAGGACAAGGAGAUGCGCAUUCUGAUGCUAGGACUGGACAACGCAGGCAAAACGACCAUCGUGAAGAAGAUUAUGAAUGAGGAUGUGCAUAGCGUGAGCCCGACCUUGGGCUUCAUCAUCAAGACGAUUGAGUAUGACGGAUACAAGUUGAAUAUAUGGGAUGUCGGAGGCCAGAAAACCUUGCGCACCUACUGGAAGAACUACUUUGAGAAGACGGACACACUCGUCUGGGUCGUCGAUGCCACGGACCGCGAGCGCAUCGACGACUGCAGACAGGAGCUCGCAGGCCUGCUUCUCGAGGAGCGUCUAGCGGGAGCCAGCCUGCUCGUGUUCAAGAACAAGAGCGAUGUGCCCGGCGCCAUGACCGAGGACGAAGUCCGCAAGGGCCUGCAGCUGGAUGCCAUCAAGACACACAAGUGGACCAUCAUGGCGUGCAGUGCAAUGACGGGGAUGAAUUUGCACGAGGGAUUGAGGUGGGUGGUCGAGGAUGCAAAGGCAAGGCUGUUCCUCUUUUGAAGCAUUUUCUAAUAGGAUGGAAAUCGUAUUAAUAACCGAUUGGUCCUGGCAUGACUUGUUAGAAUUGGUAC